AUGUUUGUCCUGCCUUUGGCUCUGCCAAAGACGGUUGAGAAACUCAGCUUCAACGUCUGGCACAUAGCCCAGCCCCAGACGGUUUGGGAUGUCGUCGCCAUCAUCAUGGCCUCGAUUGCCUCGCUCUUUCUUCUCUACAAGCCGUGGGAGAGACCAGACCCGUACAAUCACGUCUGGUUCGAGAAGCCACAGUCAAAAAACGCCGAAAAGUCGGACGGACUGCAAACGCGCGAUAUUGCCCUGAGAUUGGAGCAGUUGAACACAAACGUCGUCCUUUUCUGGGGCUCGCAGUCCGGCACUGCUCAGGCCUUUGCUGCCCGCCUUGAGCGCCACCUCCGCAGCCGCUUCGCCCUCGAUGUCCUCGUCGCCGACCUGUCCGACUACGAGCCAGCCAGCCUCGCCCGCCUGCCCUCUUCCAGUCGCGCCGUCUUCCUUCUCUCGACUUUUGGCGACGGCGAUGCCAGCGACAAUGCCACCGAAUAUAUAGCCUGGCUGCAGGCCGCCUCCCCACAUUCACACCCCCUGCAGAAUCUCCGCUAUGCCGCCUUUGGGCUCGGCGACAGCAACUACCAGCACUUCAACCGCGUCGCCCGCCAGGCUACCACCCUGAUGGACCGCCUCGGCGCCGUCCCGGUUCUGCCGCUCGGCCUAGCCGAUGCAGCCAAGCCGGGCGUGACAGAGGACCAGUUUGUUGUCUGGAAGGACGGCCUGCUGCACCUCCUUCAAGACACGUUUACUCUGAAGGAAACGCUGCCGCGACACGUUGCCCAACUCGCCAUCGAGGAGGACAGGUCGCUCGAUAUUGUCGAUCUGCACCGUGGGUUUCCUCUAGGAGCUCUAGGAAGCGACCGCCUUUCUUCACCGAUGGAACUGCCUGUCACCGAAUGCCGGGAGCUCUUCAGCCACAACCACACCCCCAGCUGUCUACACGUCGAACUCGAUCUCUCCCACUUCCCCCAAACCCGUUACAAGACCGGCGACUACUUGGCCGUCUGGCCGGCCAAUUCCGACGCCGAGGUCGACUGCCUUCUCGCUGUCCUCGGCCUUACAGCCCGUCGCCACGUUCCUGUCCUGGUCAAACCACUCGCUGACCACAUCCGGCUUCCCGUGCCCACCCCCUCAACCUUUGACGCCCUCUUCCGCCACUAUCUCGAGAUUGGCGCCCCUGUCGGCCAGGAUCUCGUCCGUGACCUCGUCCAGUUCGCCCCCAGCCCGGACGCUCGCCGCCAGCUCGAGAACCUCUCCCAGGACAGGCCUGCCUGGGCCGCCUUUGUCGGCCAGAACCACGUCACUCUUGGCCGUCUUCUACAGUGGGUUGCCGCCCAGGAAACACCUGCACCCCCUUGGUCCCUGCCGCUCUCUUUUGUCCUCCAGACCGUCCCCCCUCUCCGGCCCCGGCUCUACUCCAUCUCCAGCAGCAGCACCGUCGCCCCUCGCCACCCCAGCAUCACUGCCCUCGUCGUUCAGACACCCCUCGCGGACCGGCCAGACGUUGUCGUUCCCGGCCUCACAUCUACCUUUCUGCGCUCCCACUGCCUCGACAGGCUGCAAACACCAACGCUGCACGCCGCCAUUCGCAAGUCCAAGUUCCGCCCACCCGCCUCCUUCGCCACCCCGCUCGUCAUGAUCGCCGCCGGCUCCGGCCUGGCCCCGUUUCGCGGCUUCGUGCUUGAACGUGCACGACUAGCCCAGAUCGGACGGCCGGUCGGACGGACUGUCCUCUUUUUUGGCUGUCGCCAUCCCGAUCAGGACUACAUCUACCGCCAGGAGCUCGAGACUGCCAUGAACGCCCUGCCCGAUGCCGAGCUCGUCCCCGUUUUCUCGCGCGCCGUCAAUCCGGAACAGCCGCACCUGCGCUACGUCCAGGACGUGCUCCGGGCCCGUGCCCACGAGCUCGGCCGCCUGGUCAUCGACGAGGGCGCCCGCGUCUAUAUCUGUGGCCGCGCUGCCAUGGGCCGAGACGUCUGUGCCGCCAUCCGAGAGGCUGUCGCUGCACACAGCCCGCAACUCUCCAGCGAAAAGGCCUGCUCCCACUGGUGGGAUGGCUGGAGAAGAGGAGGCAGCUAUAUCGAGGAUGUGUGGGGUUGA